GCGUCGACCCGCACCGAACCCAACACCAACUCGCUUAAAAAAAUACGCUCUUGCCUCGCCCGCGUCGCCUCUCCGGCGGGCUAGGUCCCAGAAGCUAGGGCUCCGCCGCUCGCCCUCUCCAUCCGCUUCACCAACCCCAAGCGCCGACGCCGUUCACCCGUACUCCGGCAGUUGUGCACUGCAGGUGUUUGCAUAUUUGCUGCACCGGUAGAUUCCUCGCGGAUGAUCCAGAAAAUGGCGCCUCCCGACGAGCCCCGUGGUGACAACGAUCGGCUCAAAAGGGCGCUGGAGACGCACAGCAUGGAGUCCGUGCGGUUCCUCAUCCUUGCUAAGGAGGAACUCGGCGACUACGCAUACAGUUACCUCAUCAAGACCGUACAAGAGAUUGUGGAACAAUGCAGUUCAAAUCCUGAUGGCGGAAUCACGGUCGAAAAAUGCGAAGAGAUUCUGUCAGAAGUGUUUGUUGACCGGACUCGGCUCCUAAACAGUUUCCAUCACUUCCUCGAAGCGCGUGAUCCCUUCCACGACGACCUGCAGCUUGUACCGAAUCCAGUAUCUUUCCUUGCGAAAGUGAAGGCAUCCCCUUAUAUAUCAAAUGAAGAUUAUAAUGAUUUACUGACCACCCUGUGCCAGUUUGGGACCACAAGGACCAUGACCGUUGAAGAUGUUUACAACAAGGUGAAGAGAGUCAUGCAUCAGUGUCCCGAGUUUAUAGAAAUCUUCAAAACUUAUCUGCCUCCUCACCUAAGGUUGCCUCUACCAAAUGAGCAAUCCUGCAGAAGUCCAAAGACUAGUCCUGCAGUCAAGGCGGUUUUAAGCUUUACUCCAGAUGCCACUCAUAGCUUGGAUGGUAUCCGAGUGAAAGCAACCAAUAUCAUGAAUAAAGUGUCUCAACCUGAGUAUCACCACGACCAAAACCCUAAAAGCGUAGAGUUCAGUUUCAGGCAGGAACCAACUCAGAGGAUCCCUUACUCUGUUCGAAUGCCUAGAAAGGGAGGUAAUGGAGAAUCACUUCAUGCAGAAGAGGAUGAGGGGGACAAGAUGGAUCCUUUGCCAGAUUGGAGUCCCUCAAGAGCAAACGAUUUACCCCCCAAAGUGGAUCUCAAUAUUUGCACACCUUGCACUCCUAGAUAUCACCUUCUACCGGAGAAUUGCAUAACACUUCAAUCAAGUUACCGGACUGAACUGGGAAGGUCGAUUUUUAACGACACAUUGGUUUCUGUUACCUCUGGGCGUGAGGAUUGCUUUAAAUUCAGAACUAAAAAUCUAUAUGAAGAAAACAUUUUCAAGUGUGAAGAUGACAUGUUUGAGAGUGACAUGCUGUUGCAGCGCUUCAUAGCAACUGCUGACUUUAUUAGAAAUCUCCAAGACCGUGUUGACAGCGACAUGAAAAUUCAAGAGCAUUUAACUCCCUUACAUAGAAGGUGCAUUGAACAGUUAUAUGAUGAUCGUGGCCUCGACAUGCUUGAUGCUCUGUCGGAGACUGAUAGUACCAGUGGAACUCUUGCACUUCUGCAUUAUCGUUUAAAUCAGAAGAUAGAAGAUUUGUCAGAGGCACGGUCAUCUUUGAAUAAAACAUGCUCAAGUAUUAUUUCCUAUAAUUACUACAGAUCACUUGAUCAUCGCAGCUCCUCCUUCAAACAAUUGGACAAUAGGAGGAUGAGCCCAAAAGCUUUGCUUGCUGAAGCCAAAGAAAUCAAUAUGACAAGGUUGAAUGAUGGAGAUAAACAUCUUUCUUCUGCUUGCAACAAGCAAUCUCGUUUGAUUUCUGAAGGUUUACUUGAUCAUAGCAAUCUUCACAUCCAUGAGGACAUACACAGCAUAGUUUGUUAUGCAUUCAAGACAUGGUGUCCUUCUGAACAUAAGCCGGUGAUGAUUUGGACAAAAUUAGUUCAGCCAUUUGUUUCUGUUAGUUGUAAAAUGCCAGAGUUGAAUGGAACUGUAGCUCCCAAAGAAGCUUGUGAACGUUGUGGUCUCAGCAGAACUUUUCUCAGGAGCAUCCCUAAUGCUUUGCUUGCUAAUAAUUUUCCUUUAUCUUCAAAGAGAGGUGGAUGUCUUGGAAACACGUCUAAUAAGUCUACUUCUAUACACGAUGGUUGUAAGGCAGAGAUUGAGGAGGGUGAAUUCAUACCAGAUAUCGAAAACAUCGAGUUGGACUCCAUGCUUGGGCUUGGGAAUGAUGUUGCUGCUCCCAAUGGAGAUGUGUCGAGUUUUCAGUGCCAAGGUCAUAGUAUUUGUGACCAUGGUAAUAAAUCUGAAGUGCAUCACGAAUCAAGAGAAGGCUCCAAUGUUGAAAUGGGCAGUUUAGCAUAUUCCAAAAGAAUAGCUGAACUGCGUGAUGUAAAAGGCGGCAUACCUUGUUGUUCUCUGGUUGUGCUCUGCAGGCUUAACCAGAUUUUGUAUGAGAGACUACUAGUCGCUAAGGUUCUUUCAAGAGAAGCAAGUGCUAAAGCUCUCCCGAGAGGUUCACGCACCUGUGAUUUAUAUGCAGAGUUUCAGGAGGAACUCUUUAAGCUGAUUGAUAGAUCUACUGACAAUUCCAAAUUUGAGGAGUACUGCCUGAAUUUCCUUGGGCCGGGAUCAUAUAUACUGUUUACUCUAGAUAAGCUGAUAAGUCUAGUUAUCAAGCAGCUUUGCAGAAUUUGCCCAACUGAUGAAGACAACAUGCUUAUUCAGCUCAAUGAGAAAGUGAGAAGACGGAACCUAUCUGAAGAUUUAUUACGCCAUCAAAAUGCAAGAAGCUCUCCAGCUCAUCAAACAAAUGGGUCACUGGAGCAAGAUCCAAAGGAGGGAUGGAAAGGUGGCAAUCCUCUUGACGAUACUGUUAAACUGACGCAAAACCAUUUUCAGAGAAGGAAAAGGCGCAAGAUGGAGAACGGUGCAGCGAGCUGAUGUAGUUACGAACCUAAUGAUCAAAGCAACCGCCAAUGACGAUUGCACCUGUCUGUUGGACAGGGAUGUCUCUUAACAGACGGAUGCUCAUUCACUUUGUAUAUAUGUACAUCUAGAUCAAUGACUGAGAACAUGAGAUUCAUUCUCUA